AUGCUGUCCUUUCUUCUUCCUUCCAUUUUGGCCAUUGCGGUUCAUGCCUACACAAAUCCUAUGACAUGCAGCGGAACUUGCACUAACGCCCAUGAUCCAUCGCUCAUCCGCCGCGAUGACGGAACUUACUUUCGUUUCUCUACUGGUGGCAAAAUUGCUAUCCAUAGUGCACCUGCGAUAACUGGGCCUUGGACGUACAAAGGUGCCGCGAUUCCGAGUGGAUCUAGCAUCAAUAAGGCUGGGAAGGAUGACCUCUGGGUAAGAAUCCACCGCGGGGACGCCUGGGAUGCACAGGCGCCUGAUGUCCAAAAAGUAGGAAGCACAUACUACCUCUACUACUCCGUGUCAUCCUUCGGCUCCCAAGACUCCGCCAUCGGUGUCGCAACAUCCAGUUCCCUCGACUACGGCUCCUGGACAGACCUCGGCAGCACUGGGAUUUCCUCUUCUUCGGGCAAAUCCUACAAUGCCAUCGACGGAAAUCUCAUCUACACCGGAUCAGACUACUAUGUGACCUUCGGCUCGUUCUGGGGCGAUCUAUAUCAAGUCAAAAUGGCAAAUCCGCCAAAGAAGGUUGCAAGUGGAUCUACCAGUGUGAAUGUUGCAUAUAUUCCUAGUGGAUCGCAUGCACAAGAGGGCGGGUUUGUGUACAAGAAUGGUAAUUAUUAUUACUUGUUCUUUUCGGUAGGGCAAUGUUGUGGAUACGAUAGUAGCAAGCCAGCCGCUGGUGGUGAGUACAAGAUUCAGGUCUGCAGGAGUAGUACGGUCACUGGGGGAUACGUUGAUAAGAGCGGGAAUCAGUGCACAGCGGGUGGCGGAACUACGGUUCUAGAGUCGCACGAUUGGGUGUAUGGACCUGGUGGACAGGGCGUGUUCACUGAUCCGUCGCUUGGUCCAGUCCUUUACUAUCAUUAUGUUGAUACGCGCAUUGGCUAUGCCGACGGCCAGAAGCAGUUCGGAGUUAACAAGCUCAGCUUCUCGAGUGGAUGGCCGGUGGUGUAA